UUUAUUUUUUUCAAAAGUGAAAUUCCGAUGUAAUGGGGAAAAAUCGAUUUUACAAGUAAUAGUCGUAAUUGCACAACAUAAUUUGUCUAGCUAAAGAAGUGACAUUUUUUCCAAAUAACAAUAUUUUUCAGUUGCCAUUUCAUAAAUUUAGAGAAGAAGGCAAAAAGCAUUCAGUUGUCCCUCUAGCUCAGCCUUUGGACUUUUUUGUCACUCGGACGUUAGGAAGAAAUUCGACGUCUAGGUGAAAUUAUCUGCAUGAAGUAUAAUUUUGUAUUUCAGCAGCCUUUCAGACUUGUAAGAUUGGGACAUACUGCCACCUGCUGCAUAAUAGCAGGAUGAAAGCCCCACUGCGUUACAUUAAAAUUGGAAUUUUGAUAUACAGUAUCUCACGCUGAAGAAUACACUUUUACACCGAUUUAUUGUAACUGAAAGAAAGAAGCACAUACAGUCUUACCUUGUGUGACAAUAUUUAAAGAAUCCCCUCAAUUAAUGUGUACCGGAGGAACGGUCAAAUAUUGUCCACCACGGGCUUCCGUUGUCAUAUCAUAUGAAUAUUUGUUGUCGAUUCCAAGUUCUCCGAUUAAAAGCUUCCUUCCUGUCAUACUAACACACCAAAUUGUCUAACUGGAUGGAAUUUAUGAUGCCAACCUCUCAAUAAGCGAGUCACAUACACAGCGGACAUAUUACACCGAUGAUUGCGAACGACAUUCGCUAAAAACGCGGCAGUCAUGCUUCGGUGGUUUUUUGGUGGUCGUGAAACUCAAAGCUCCGUGGAGAAAAGCGGAGUGUUGUGCAUCGGUGAGGAACAGCCCAAAAACUGCUUCACUGAGCUGCAGGUACUGAAAGGACAUUUUGACAUUGUUCGAUUUCUGGUGCAGAUUGAUGACUUCAGAUGCGCUUCAGCCGGCGACGAUGGCCUGGUGCUGGUCUGGAACGUGGAGACAGGCGAACGUGUGCAGGAGCUUCGGGGUCACUCCCAGCAGAUCACCGCCAUGGCCGUCUUGCGUUGCGGCGAUGUCCGCCUCAUCACUGCCUCCUCCGACCGUAGCCUCAGCCUGUGGGACCCCGACACUGGCAACCGACUGCAGACCGUUCUGGACCUUCAGUCAUCUGUCAAGUGCAUCCUGGUGCUGGAGUGGCUGAGCGCGUGGAUCUCAGGCGGUCAGGAAUUAUGCGUAUGGAGCAAAGAUUUCCGUUUGGAGUGUUUGAAAGAGCGCCACAGCGACACAGGAAUCAGCUCGCUGAUCAAGCUGCCCAAGAACUGCGUGGCCGCCGCCGUGGACAAGACUGUCGUCAUCUACAAGCUGACGGCUAGCGGCGAUGCCCUCUCCAUCGUGGAGAUCUGCUGCCUGGUCGACCACCAGGACCAAAUUCGCGCCCUGAUCAACGUCAACGACGCCAUGUUUGCCAGUGGCUCCCACGCCGGCGAGCUGAUCGUGUGGGAUGCGCUGGACUACAACGUGCUAGCUUAUCAGCACAUCCUGUGGGAGGAGCCUCAGACCCUCGCCACGCAGUCCAACAUCCAAACGGGCGGACCCAAAACCAGCGAGAUGUCCAUUCAGCACCUGGCCUCCAACGGAAACCUGGUGGCGGCGGCGGUAGGCAGCGGCGUGUACGUGUUCAGCGUGGUGACCAAGGCGGCGGUGACGUACAGGAAGUGCGCCCACGACUCGGACGUGCUGCACGUCGCGCUGCUUUCCGACAGCGAGCUGAUGUCGUGCUCGGAGGACGGCAGCGUGAGGAUGUGGGAGAUAGGAGAGCUUCCUUUAGCCGGAGAACCCGCCUCUCCAGGCUUCUUUGGGAUGUGGACCUUGGGGCGCUCCAGUAGGCAAGCGUCUCCCACGUCCAAGCAGGCGUCGGACGCAGCGCCCAACAAAACGCUGGAGUUGACGGGCGACCUCAUUGGGCACUCGGGUGCAGUCCAGAUGUUCGUGGCCUUGCCGGAGAACGGCCUGCUGACGUGCUCGGCCGACCACCAGCUCAUCCUUUGGAAGAACGGCGAGAAGCAGUCGUGCCUGCGCAGCCUGGCGCUCUUCCGGAAACUCGAGGAGAACGGCGGACUGUGAAAGGCUUUGACUUUUUUUUUUUUAAACUCGCCCCACCCUCAAACGUCUGCCUUAGCCAAAGAUCGACGCUUCAAAUGUUGCAACCGUACGGGAAAGAAAGACAGAAUGACAGGAGUUAUGACACAGAUGUUCACGCGACUGGGAUACAGGCAAGUCCAAAUGUCGCGUUGUACAUCUUUGAUGUAGUACCACACGGUGCCACAAUUUUCCAGGCGGCACUGUAUCGCAAUUAACAGCAAGAGGAAGAGGCGGAGAAGCUCCCUAACUGAGCUCCAGUCACGGUCGUCGUUCCCGCAGAGCAGAAAAAUGAUAUGCCUGUGAGUAUUGUUGCGUGCUGUUUGAUAUGUGUCAGUGCUCGGGGUGAGUGACAUCGGUUGAUAAUGACUGUAACUUUGAUGCUAAUUUCCAUGAGCUUGUCUAAGGCUUUUCACUUUAUAUUUUAGCAUUAAGCUAGCAGUGGUUUGCUUGAAUGUGUUGGUGUUUAAAAACGCAAAGCAUCAUUGUAUUUUGCCAUUUGUGCCAGUUUUGAAGCAAACCCAAGCGGAUGUGGCAAGUAAAUAGCAACCUUGCUUUGCCUCUUAUUUGAAGAACUGUAUGUCGAUUUUAUCCCCUCCAAUGAAAUGUUUAUACAACAGGCAACAUUUUUAUUGACAGAGCAGUUUCCACACAGUGAUUGAAAUUCAAAUUGCAUUGCAGAUUUAAAUCAAUGGCUGGUUCUCUUUUUGCCCUGAAGCACAACUGACUUAGAGAAACUUUGGCGAAGCAACCACCUGGAUGGGUUGUCGCUACGUCAAAUACAUUUGGCCACAAUUACCAUUUCAGAUAUCUGCAGCGUCAUUUGUCCCUGACAUUCAGGUAAGCAGGUGCAAAGUGUCUUUAAAUACAGCAAUAAUCUAAUGGUAUACAUACAUCAUAAAGGUACAAAUGCGUGGAAAUUAGUUUUGCUUCAGGACAUCCGAAGACAGAGACAUCUGGUUCAUUUAUUUUGCAGUGUCAAAAUCAUGGACUUCGUCAGGGUUAGGCAAGGGAUGGCGUGCAGUACUACUGCCCCCUAGUGUUCAUUCACUUCACCUGUGUGACAUUAAAAAAAGGAUUUACAAUGACUCAACUCGAGUUACAUCAAAUAAUUUUCCAUUUUAGUUCAAAGGUCCGUGAUUAGCAUGGAUUCACUUUUUCAAUCCUAUAAUUUAAAACGAAAGAACAUAUUUGAAACAUAUGUUUCAAUGAGAAUCAAUAUUGAGCUAAUCUAUUUUGGGUUCAUAUUUUUAUAAAUAUGGCAAAGGUGA